AUGGCCCCGCAGCAGCCCCGGGCCGGGCCGUACGGGCGCUCGGACAGCGGCGGCUCGGAGGCCCGCAUGCUGGCGGACGGCCCCGACGACGGCCCCCGGGGAGGGCGGCGGCGGCGGGGCGGGCCGCUGUGGGGCAGCGUGGCCGUCAUGGCCAUCGUCGCCCUGCAGAUCGCCUCCACCACCGGCCUCUUCGUCUACUUCACCAUGGCCAUCUCCAAGCUCAAAGCCCAGUCACAAGGGAGCUUGGAGGAGCUGAGGUGUCUGCAGCUCAUCAAUCAGCAGCAGGAGGGCUCCAGCUUGGAGGAGCUGAUCAGCAACCAGUCUUGCCUCAAGCUGGCCAACACCAUCAAAGCCUACGUGGCCAUGGUGACGGAGAACGUGAUCCACAGGAGCGUGAAGGAGGUGCAGAAGAGCUACUUCAAUACCUCGGAGGGACAGGUUCCUCCCAAAACACCUGGCAAGCCCUCAGCACAUCUCACCCUCCGCCCGCAGAGCCUGGCCCUGGAUGGAAUCUCCAAGCGCUUUGGGAACCUCUCCCAGUCCUGCCGCCAUGCCAUUGCUCACUGGGAAGACAGCACCAUCCACUCCCACCUGCAGAACAUCACAUACCGGGAUGGCCGGCUGCGGGUCACCCAGGCGGGCAAGUACUACGUCUACUCCCAGAUCUACUUCCGCUACCCCAGGGAGGGGGCCAGCACCCGCGUCUCCGUCCCCCAGCUCGUGCAGUGCAUCAACUGGAAGACGUCCUACAGCCAGCCCAUCCUCCUGCUCAAAGGGGUCGGCACCAAGUGCUGGGCACCCGAGGCAGACUACGGCCUCCAUGCUCUCUACCAGGGGGGGCUGUUUGAACUCAAGGCCGGCGAUGAGCUCUUUGUCUCGGUCUCCUCGCUGGCCAUUGACUACAAAGAUGCAGCAGCCAGCUAUUUCGGGGCCUUCCGGCUCGACCUGUGACAGCCUCCUCAUUCUCACGCCUCCCCUGUGCUCCUGCUGUAUCCAUUCUUCUGCACGGCCCAGGGCAGCAGCUAUUUGAGCUGCUGCUGAAUGCAGCUCCCA